AUGUUCGGUGGUGGUGGUGGACAGCAGCAUCAGGAGCCGCAGAAUGUGAGGAGUGAUGCUAGUUGGUACCAGGCGCAGUACGAGGCUGCACAAUGCUCCCACUACCUCUGCCCCGGUACCCUUUCCUGCGUCCAUUUCCCGCACCACUGCCCCUGCGCGUGGGAGAACGUCGAAGACAAAGUCGAGCUCGGUGACGGUAUCGCGAUUUGUGGAAGCAAGGGAGGAUGGAACACUGGCGAGUUUGGCAGGAAGGUCGAACUGGCCAGGAAGGGACUGCUAUAA